GUUUCGCUUCCACUGCGCGUGGCGUUUGAACUUCGUUUCACUGCUCUGCAACUCAGAAGAAUCGGCUCCAAAAAGUCUCCUCUUUCUCUCUCGAUUUUUGGAAAUGAGAGAGACAUUUUUGCAGGGGCAGCGCCUCGAGCAUCAAUUCUCUUGGUUAUCGCGAUUAUACGACGUCGUCUCACCCGGUUUGCUCCCCUUUCGCCGCUUUUGAGGCUCUCUCUGCUCUGAAUUCUGCUUCCUCUGCUCCGUUUUUCCCAAUUUUUCCUUUUCUUUUCGCUUCUUGUUUGUUUGUUGUGGAGCGGUUUGUUUGUGGCGUUUGCGUGAUGGGCAGAGUGAGUCUUAAUUAGGGUCAGAGGAAUUAGCCAGUGGUGUGGCUGUAAUCUUCUGAAAUCUGCUGAAGUUUUCGUGGUUUGGCACCGUCAUUUCGUCGUUUUUCUAUCGCUGCAACUGUAAUUUUUUUUUUGCCUUUCUCAGCCUUCAGUACUCUCUCUACCCUUUUUAUUUCUCAGAAACCCUUCCUGGGUAGGGAUUUCUCUUGCCUCCACACCUCCCAUUGCUCCAUUAUUGUACGUCUUCCGUUUUUUCUUUUUGUUCUUAAAGCUGUUUUUGUUUCUGCGUCUCGUGAUAUUUUUGCUUUCUCUGGAGAACCUGUUUCAUUGAGCAUCAUAGCCAUUUUUGUACGGUGUUUUUGGGUUGGGUUUUUGAAGGGAGUGCGAUUCAGUGGAGUUACAAGGCUCGGAGAAUGUAGUUUUAGGAUUCGUUUGAACAAUGCAGAAGCACAUUUGGAAGAACUGAGGCAGCCCCGUGGCAGUUUUUGGGGUCUUUGUUAGAGAGUUUGAUGGAAAAUACAGGGAGAGCAUCGUCUUGUUUGGCUAUUUCAGAGAAGAAGACGCAUAAGCCUGGUGGGUGUGUUGGCGUUUUCUUCCAGCUCUUUGAUUGGAACCGGAGGUUGGCUAAGAGGAAGCUCUUCUCCAGGAAAUUGCUUCCUCCAGCUCGAACGAAACAAUCGACUAAGAAGUUCAAAGGAGGCGAAAAGAUGCCGGUUUCGAAGAAUCAUUUGAUUGCUGAUGAAAAUAGAGGUGGUUUCCCAAAUGUCAAGAAGAAUGGGAAUCGUUGUACCGAUAUAGAGCACAAGAACGAAAUGCGAGUACCGGGACUGGUUGCAAGACUCAUGGGUCUUGAGUCGAUGCCAGUUUUAAGUCGAGAAAGGCCGAAGAAGACUGGUUUUUCUAAUCCUUGUGACAGUGUGGAAAAGAAAAUUGUGGAGGAAUUGAAUUUGGAAAAGGCAAGUGCAAAAGUUGAAGCAAGGCCUCUAAAGCUUCAGAAGACAGGACAAGAGGAGAGAAAGGUGAUGAGACGAAUAGGAGCUGAGGUACUGCAAUACAAGAGUGUUAUGUCGCGAUCGAGGAAGCAUCAUCCUCCAAAAUUUCCUUCAUCGGCGAAAAGUCCAAGGCUUCCCUCAGGGAGGAAUGUGUCUAGAGCCUCCCGGUUGAUCGAUGUUGCUAGCAAAAUAUUGGAGCCUGGCUUGCAGGCAUCAAACAGAGCAAAAUCUGCCAUCACACUGCCAAAGUCUAUGCAUUAUUCUCCUAAUGAGGUUGUACCGAGGGAAAUUGGAGUUGUACCAUUGGAAGGUUAUGAUUCUUCACAGUCCUUCAUGGGACAGGCAUCAUGUAGAAAUUGCAAUAAUUUGCUGAAAGUUGAGGUCUUCAACAACAUUGUGGAAGAAUAUCCAUCCACGAUUCCGCCACACGAUUCAACUUAUGCCAACGACUCUUUGCAGGGAUUGGGAUGGAGUGAAAUGAUAUCCCCUGAAUUGCACCUCCAGCGAGAAAGUGAUGAAGUCUUCCAAACCAAUUGUGAUCAACCUAUAUCUUUUGAUUCCAAGCAUAAUGAAUCUAAGGGCUGUAUAAAAUCCCAACUCUAUUCUAUUGCAGGAAGAUUGCCUCUGAACAAUGGAUCACCAUUUCCAUUGUCCAGGCCUUCCGGCCAACAAUUCAAGCUUAGGACAAAUGAACCAUCAGUCGUCAAGCAUUGCAGUCAACCUGAAGUUCGUAUGACAUCGGUCAGGGAUGGGGUAUCACCUAAGUCGAAGUCAAGUAUUCUACAGAGCAGAAGAACCACCAUAUCAUCUGCGAAUACUGUUGGCGAGACAAAAAAUUUUGUUGCUUUUAAUCGAAGUGUUAAUGGCUGCAGCAGAGGAAAACUGCCUGCUAAAGUGGAAAAUUCUAAGUUUAGCGUAGGAAGGAAAUCUUUUAAUGGAGGAGAAGAUGUCUCAUCUCAGUCAGGAACCUCUCCAAGGAAAAGGAGGACUGCACACUUAAGUGGACAUAUUGAAAGCAAAGAUGCUGUUGAUUCACCUGCUACAAAACAACGAUCCCCUCAGUGCGAUAAAUUGCCUAGAACGAGUUCAAGAAUUCAACGGAAAUCUCUCCCCACAAAGCAGCCUUGUGCCGCUAAUAGAUUAGCUGGUCGUCGAGAAGCCGGUGAUAGAGUUUGCAGAAGGGAUACUGACACUGUUUCUUUCAUCUGUGAUUCUCCCAUUAAGCAGAAAGCCACAGCUGCUACAGAGAUGAAUGAGAGCAUGGCAAACGAGGGAAAUAUGCCUUACCAAAAGCCAUCCUUGUUUGGAGGAGAGGCCAUAGAUAUCCUGGAACAGAAGUUGAAGGAAUUAACUUCUCAAGGAAAUGAUGAGUCAGCGUCGGGUUCUCCAUUGAAGAAACCCGCUUCUGUAAUCAUUCAGGAGCUGAUAUCUGCCUUAGCUGCCGCACAGAAAGUUUCUUUGGAGGGCUCCAACAUGGAUGUAACUUACUGUGAUGAUUCAAAUGAAGAACGGCUCACGAGAACGUCCAAAGGACUAGAUCAUCAUAGCCCGGGAUCUGUUCUUGAAGCUUCAUUCUCGUCCAGUAGCCUGGAUGAGAGUUCAGGAUGCAGGAUGCCAGCUGAGUCUGUUGAUUGUUCUAUCGAUCAAUCACAGCAAUCUGAGCCCGAUGCCGAUCUUUUAGAUUCUGCAACGUCCUUGAGCGAAGGGAAUCUCGGGAGUGAAAGGGUGACCGAAGUCUUCGAUGCUAUAUCUAGCAUACUGCAGAGCUAUAACCUUACCGGUAUCAGAUUGACCGGGAGUAAGCUCACUCAUGCCAGAGAGGUUAUGCUCAACACCGAAAUUUUGUUCGGCAGGUACGAAAACAACCUUCUCAUCGUGCCCCCCCUUUUCGUCGACGAACUGGAAACAUUCACUUGCGAAAUGUGGACAAACUCAAGCAACAUGAGCAAUUCAGAGAACAGCAAGGAGGUAAACCAUCUAAGAAAGUUUCUUUUCGACUGUCUGAUAGAAUGCCUGGACUCAAAACACAGCCAGUUCUACUACGGUGGAUCCAAUGCUUGGACAAGAACAUUCCCAGCACCAAGCGCGAGAGUGGUUAUUCAAGACGUCGAGAAGAAGAUCAAGAAAUGGGGGGAUUUUGUUGGGAUGGUGACAGAUGAGAUAGUAGAAUGGGAAAUGAGCCAUUCUUUGGGGAAAUGGAGUGAUUUUAGCAUUGAAGAAUUGGAAAGUGGGGCAGAAAUUGGUGUGGAAAUACUUCAAAUAUUGAUUGAUGAAAUUGUAACAGAGCUUUGGGAAUGUAGGAGGGGCUGAUUUUGAAUGUCAUUUAGUAGUGUUGUUGUAGGUUUUGUGUACAAAUGGAUUGGAGGAUGAAGGUGAAUGUAAUUUGUAGAUGUUCAUUGUUGCUCCCAUUGUGUUCUUGAAUAAUUUUGAAAGCAGGUUUUUGCAGUUGGCUCAAAUCUGUUCAUCUAAUUUUCAGAUGUUUAUUUUAAGCAGC